AUGCAGCACAUUUUUGCCUUCUUCUGCACCAGUUUCCUAGGGGCAGUGUUGGGGGUCAAUUUCCCCAGCAACAUCCAGAUAGGGGGAUUAUUUCCUACUCAACAAUCCCAGGAACAUGCUGCUUUUAUGUUUGCAUUGUCUCAGUUCACAGAGCCCCCCAAGCUGGCUCCUCAGAUUGACAUUGUGAAUAUUAGUGACAGCUUUGAAAUGACCUACACCUUCUGUUCACAGUUUUCCAAGGGUGUCUAUGCUAUCUUUGGCUUUUAUGAGAGGAGGACUGUCAACAUGCUCACAUCCUUCUGUGGGGCACUCCAUGUCUGCUUUGUAACACCCAGCUUCCCUGUUGACACAUCCAAUCAAUUUGUUCUCCAGCUGCGCCCAGAACUACAGGAUGCCCUCAUCAAUGUUAUAGAAUAUUACAAGUGCCAGAAAUUUAUGUACAUUUAUGACGCUGACCGGGGUUUGUCAGUACUUCAGAAAGUGUUGGAUACAGCUGCAGAAAAAAACUGGCAGGUGACAGCUGUCAAUAUCAUGACAACAACAGAAGAGGACUACAAGUCACUUUUCCAGAAUCUGGAGAAAAAGAAGGAACGGGUCGUGGUGGUGGACUGUGAAUCAGAGCGGCUCAAUGCUAUUUUGGGCAAGAUCAUCAAGCUUGGAAAAAAUGGGAUAGGAUACCACUAUAUUCUUGCAACUCUGGGCUUCAUGGAUAUUGAUUUAGCAAAAUUCAAGGAAAGUGGUGCAAAUGUGACUGGAUUCCAGUUGGUUAAUUAUACAGACACCAUUCCAGCCAGGAUCAUGCAGCAGUGGAAGAACAACGAUGCCAGAGAACAACCUCGUGUUGACUGGAAGAGGCCAAAGUACACAUCUGCUCUUACGUAUGAUGGAGUUCGGGUAAUGGCAGAAGCUUUUCAGAGUCUCAGGAAACAGAGGAUUGACAUCUCUCGUCGUGGGAAUGCUGGGGAUUGCCUAGCAAAUCCAGCUGUUCCUUGGGGACAAGGAAUUGACAUUCAGAGAGCUCUACAACAGGUUCGCUUUGAAGGACUGACUGGUAAUGUCCAGUUCAAUGAGAAAGGACAUCGGACCAAUUACACCCUUCAUGUGAUUGAAAUGAAACAUGAUGGGAUCAGAAAGAUUGGUUAUUGGAAUGAAGAUGAAAAGCUUGUCCCAACAGCCAUAGAUCAACAAGGAGCAAAUGAAACCACAACUCUGCAAAAUAGGACCUACAUUGUUACAACUAUUUUAGAAGCUCCCUAUGUGAUGCAAAAGAAGACCAAUGAGCCAUUGGAAGGAAAUUUCAGGUACGAAGGUUAUUGCGUGGAGUUAGCUGCUGAGAUUGCGAAACAUGUUGGCUACAACUACAGCUUGCAGAUUGUUGCUGAUGGGAAAUAUGGAGCCCGAGAUCCUGAGACUAAAUUAUGGAAUGGCAUGGUCGGGGAGCUAGUAUAUGGAAGAGCUGAUGUGGCUGUUGCACCAUUGACCAUCACUCUAGUGAGAGAGGAAGUUAUAGACUUUUCCAAACCAUUUAUGAGCCUGGGCAUAUCUAUCAUGAUUAAAAAACCACAGAAGUCCAAGCCUGGGGUCUUUUCUUUUCUGGAUCCCUUAGCUUAUGAGAUUUGGAUGUGCAUAGUUUUUGCCUACAUUGGAGUAAGUGUUGUCCUUUUUCUGGUCAGUCGCUUCAGUCCUUAUGAGUGGCAUAACGAAGAGCUUGAAGAAGGACGUGACCAGCCAGCCAACGACCAAACUAACGAAUUUGGGAUAUUUAACAGUCUUUGGUUUUCCUUGGGAGCUUUUAUGCAACAAGGAUGUGAUAUAUCUCCAAGAUCCCUGUCUGGACGUAUAGUUGGUGGGGUCUGGUGGUUUUUCACCUUGAUCAUCAUCUCUUCUUACACAGCCAAUCUAGCUGCGUUCUUGACAGUAGAGAGGAUGGUGUCUCCCAUAGAGAGUGCAGAAGACUUGGCCAAGCAAACGGAGAUUGCUUAUGGGACUUUGGAUGCUGGGUCUACGAAAGAAUUCUUUCGGAGAUCUAAAAUAGCGGUUUUUGAGAAGAUGUGGACGUACAUGAAGUCAGCUGAGCCCUCUGUUUUCGUGCCGACAACAGAAGAGGGGAUGAAGCGUGUGAGGAGAUCCAAAGGGAAGUAUGCCUACCUGCUAGAGUCUACCAUGAAUGAGUACAUUGAGCAGAGAAAACCAUGUGACACCAUGAAGGUGGGAGGUAACUUGGAUUCCAAAGGCUAUGGCAUUGCAACGCCAAAAGGUUCACCACUGAGAAACCCAGUAAACCUGGCAGUGUUAAAACUGAACGAGCAGGGGCUUUUGGACAAAUUGAAAAACAAAUGGUGGUACGACAAGGGCGAGUGCGGCAGCGGGGGAGGUGACUCCAAGGACAAAACAAGUGCUUUGAGUCUCAGCAAUGUGGCUGGUGUUUUCUACAUCCUCAUCGGUGGGCUUGGAUUAGCCAUGCUGGUUGCCUUAAUCGAAUUUUGUUACAAGUCCAGAAGUGAAUCAAAACGGAUGAAGGGUUUUUGUUUGAUCCCACAGCAAUCAAUCAAUGAAGCCAUACGAACAUCAACCCUCCCCAGAGCAUCCGCAGCAGGAACCAGCAGUGGAGAAAACGGACGGGUGGUGAGCCACGAUUUCCCCCAAACCAUGCAGGAGAUUCCAUGCAUGGGUCACAGCUCUGGGACACCCCUGGGAGCGACGGGAUUAUAA